CAUUUAUCGUUUGGCCAUUAAACGAGAAGGAACACAAAACUCAAAUACAAACUAAACUCAGUUGAAGGUGUAAAUAAAAAAAAACCUUAAACGUGCUUAUAUGUAUGCAAUACAAACAUACAUACAGCAAACACUUCAGCUGAUGGAGAGUAUUUGAUUUGUUAAGCGCUUUAAAUUGUUUCAAGUUGAAGAACAAACCGAUAAAUUGUUAAUAAAAAAAUUGAUAUAAGUAAAUAAAACACUUGAACGCCAACAGAAUUGGUUUACUAACGAAUUGAAUUUAUUUUGUGAUACUAAUAAAAAUUUUAGCCAUAAGUUGUAUAGAGUAAAUAAAACUUAACAAUAUAUAUUGAAAUAAAAUAAAAACGUGCGCGCAGACUACGUCUCGACGAUUGCAAUUCCUUCGUAUCCUCUUGAUACCAUCGCCGGCAAAUGAUGCAACUUUACAGCAGCUGAUAAAACUUUAAUUUACACAUUUAAUUACCGAACUACUACUAAUUGAUAACAGCAAUUAAAGAGAGCUAAAAUAAAAAGAGUGCAACUUGAAAGCGGGCGAAGAGACUAUCUCAUUCAAAGCGAAGUUUUAUAUAUUUUAAAGGCUUGUGAUUUACUUGGGCUGACAAAAUGACAGGUUUCAGCAACGGUGGUUUCGAAAACGAUGAGCCAGUGAAGCCAAAAGCUGGUUUUGAACCAGACACAGCAUCACUCAGAGAGAAAGUCAUUUUAAAUCCGGGCGAAAAAUGGCGCAUUUUGAAAAAUAUCACCAUCAUAUCAUUUGCAUUCAUGGUACAAUUCACAGCGUUUCAGGGCACGGCAAAUUUACAGUCCUCUAUUAAUUCCGAAGAUGGCUUAGGCACCGUAUCGUUGAGCGCCAUUUAUGCAGCGCUCGUCGUCUCUUGUAUCUUUCUACCCACACUUAUUAUACGCAAGUUAACUGUGAAAUGGACUCUGGUCUUCAGUAUGCUGUGCUAUGCGCCGUACAUUGCCUUCCAAUUGUUCCCAAAAUUCUACACAUUGGUUCCUGCUGGUAUUCUAGUCGGUUUGGGUGCCGCGCCUAUGUGGGCAUCUAAGGCCACCUAUUUAACACAGGUCGGUCAAGUCUACGCGAAGAUAACAGAACAAGCUGUAGAUGCCAUUAUUGUAAGAUUCUUUGGAUUCUUCUUCUUGGCCUGGCAAACAGCCGAACUGUGGGGAAAUCUGAUCUCGAGUUUGGUGCUUUCGAGCGGCGCUCAUGGCAGUGGCGGCGACACCAACACAACAAUCUCCGAAGAAGAACUCAAAUCCUGUGGUGCCAAUUUCUGUGUGCAAGGUUCAGGCGGUCAUGGCAACUUGAAUCGCCCACCAGAUCAUGAAAUCUUCGAAAUCUCCAUGAUCUAUUUGUCUUGUAUCAUAGCUGCCGUAGCCAUCAUUGCCAUUUUCUUGGAUCCACUAAAACGUUAUGGUGAGAAGCGUAAAGGCUCACAAUCUGCACAAGAGUUAUCCGGCAUGGAAUUACUCUCAGCGACUUUCCGUCAAAUGAAGAAACCCAACCAGCAAUUACUCAUACCCAUUACAGUUUUCAUUGGUAUGGAACAGGCUUUCAUUGGCGCUGACUUUACACAGGCUUAUGUAUCAUGCGCUUUGGGUAUACAUCAAAUUGGUUUCGUGAUGAUCUGCUUCGGUGUGGUUAAUGCCAUCUGCUCGAUUCUAUUCGGCUCAGUUAUGAAAUAUAUUGGACGCUUGCCAAUUAUCAUACUCGGCGCUGUUGUGCAUUUCACACUUAUUUCUGUUGAGUUAUUCUGGCGUCCAAGUCCUGAGAAUCCACUUAUCUUCUAUGCUAUGUCUGGUCUAUGGGGUGUUGGUGAUGCAGUAUGGCAGACACAAAUUAACGGUCUAUACGGUUUGCUCUUCCGACGCAACAAGGAAGCGGCCUUCUCCAAUUAUCGUCUAUGGGAAUCAGCUGGUUUCGUUAUCGCUUACGCUUAUGCUACAACAUUGUGUGCGGCAAUGAAACUCUAUGUGCUGUUGGCUGUAUUAGCUUUGGGAUGCAUUGGUUAUACCAUUGUGGAGAUUCUCUACAGAAGAAAGCAACGCAAGCUAAAGAAACAAGAGAAAUUGGAAGCUGCCGCCAAAGAGAAGGAAGCCGCUGCCGCAGCAGCUGCCGCCGAGGCUAAUGCCACCGCUGAAGUGGAGGAGACAGAUGAUGAGCUUGAUGAUCUCGAAGAAGAUAUUGUUGUGACGCAUUUCUAAGUCUACUUCCACUACUACCACUAAUACGACACACACACACACACACUUAAAAUGGCAUACAUGUACACAUAUUCACGUUGCAACUGCAAGAUGAAUAUGUAUUGUUAAUAUGUAUGUUUGUUCAUAUAUAAUAUUAUGCAUACAUAUAGAGGUGUGAAGGUAUAACAUGUUGUUGUGGGCUUUCAAAAAGCCCUUUGCUCAAAAUUUAUAGCAACAUCCCCAUCACACACACAAACGUGAAACGACGGUUUCAAUGAAAGCUUUUUAUGUUUCUUUUUUUUUUUUUGUAAAAAUCUCAUAACUGUGAACUCUUUUAGUGUUGGCCUGUGAGCGUGUAAAUUUUUGGACAUUUUCAUUUCUAUUUGGAAUACAAGAAAAGUGCUUUAAUAAAAGAGUGAAAGCUUAAGGAAUGGAAGUUAAUUACUGUUAGAUGUAAAUAUGUGUAUCGGAGUAAGAAAGGCAAAAAAAUUACUAUUUCAUUUUUUUUGUGGGAAUUAUGAGUAUGUUUUUUGAAAGCUGCAAGUACUUUUCACACUCCCUUCCCAGUUGUUAUAUAUUCUACCUUUUAUGAAUUGUAUACAAUUUUGCAUACAAAAAGACAAAAUAUUUUUUUUUGAUAAAUAAAUAAUUUAGUUAAAAGUGGUUAAUAAUAUAUUAAAUUGAAUGAAAAUGUGUUAUAAAAUUUAGUAAUUAUUUUAGUACAAUAAAUACAAUAGAAACAAGGUAAACAGAUACAAAAGCACACAAGAACACACGUUAGCAUAGAAAGAGAUCACCGGCAAUACAAAAAAAAAACACACACACACACGCAUAAAAAUAAGUGCAAUUUGUAAAUAAAAAUAUUUUUAUGUAAUAAAUACUUAAAAGAUACAUACAUUAAUGAAAACUGUACUGUUAAAAAUGAUAAAAGACGAAAGAAACCAUUUUAAUGUGUAGUUUUAAAACUAAAAUCAAAAUUGCACAGAUACUUUGAAUAUGAAAUAGAAAAAACCAAAACAAUGAAAAAAAGAUGCAGUAAAAGUAAUUGGCUUUUUAUACGCUGAAAAUCAAAUACGUAAACAAUUUUCUGAGUUUAGUGGCGUUGUGUAAAACUUGCUUCAGCAAAACUCACCACGCCGCUGAUGCAAUCAAAGAAAUGAACAAAACUGCUUAAUUGAAAUAUUAUUAAAAAGAGUAAAACAAAAAUUUCACUUUGCAAAAAAAAAAAA